GAUUCGUUUGUGUUUUUCUUCGCUGGUUUAAUUUCGUAGAUUUUUUUUUUCGGGCGUUUUUCUAUGGUUCGACCGGAGGAAUCGCUCGUACCUACAUCGCUAACAUAGCACGGGUGUGGGGGAUCGCUCGGAGUUUUUUGGUUCGACGUGUCUAUCUGUGAGGUGGGAGGGUGGACGAAAAAAAUCAAGAAAGAUGGGAUGAAAAUUAACCGACGAAGACUACCAACUGAGACAUUAGAAGUAGAAACUAUGGACACAGCACCAAAAAAUACCCGAGCCGGAAAUGCAGUCAUUAGAGCAUCUAGAGGGAAUAUCUACGAAAACACUAUUGACGCAGCACCAAAAAAUACCCGAGCCGGAAAUGCAGUCAUUAGAGCAUCUACAGCCUACAGGGCCGGUUAGCAAAUCCAGACCCUCAAACGCUUGCGGACACGCCUGCAGGCACUAAUCGGGCACUCCUUAAAUUUUGUCGUUCACAUCCGUGUGUCUCAUAUCCGGUACCCUAUAUCCAUACUAAGCAUGCAACAUGAAACUAAACUACGUAAAUCAUCGAACAAACAUAGAAUUGAACAUAGAAAUGCACAUUCUGAUUAUCAAACGAUCACCAACGGAUCUUCAAAAGAUCGUCAAAGUCACAUAAUUCACAUAAACGACGGACAAGUUUAAACUAGAUUACUAAGAACUUGAAACUAAAAAUGGAGUAGUCAGAGCUUCACCACUUCCUCUCCGGGCCUUUUGCUCUUCCGGUCGCCAGCGCAGCUGUAGGCGUCCGCGGUUGGUGGAGGGUCUUGGUCGUCCGAGGAGGAGGUGCAGCUGUCGCAGUCGCUGUUGUCGGAGUCCGAGUCGGAGAAGACGAUGAGACCCUUCAUCCGACGGACCGCCCUGUCCUGCUCUCGCUUCAACCCAGCGACCCAAGCCUUCUCCGCCACUGCCUUCUUCGCCUCGCGCUUCGACUGCUCAAUAGCAAGCCGGAGCGUCUUGGCGUUCUUCCGUCAGAGGCGGUGAGCAUCCAGCCCCGCCGUCGUGAGGUACCGAAGGUAGACCCAUGCAAGUAGCCGCGCGACCUCGUCAGGGUCCACCUCCAUCCCACGGCGGCGGCGCGCGGACUGCUCCGCCGCGUCCCUCUCCCGUGCACACUGCCUAUCGCGGCGCGCAUGCGGGCCGGCGGCACGGGCACUAGAACCCACCGCUGCCCGCGUGGAUGAGCGGACGGCAGGGGAAGGAGACGGUGCGGGGGCGGUGCAGACUGCGUUGUCCUGGUGUCACUGUGCACGGGCCGGGAGAGUCCAGCUCCGGCGCGGGAGCUACGACGACUCUCUAGAUUCGGAGCUGCCGCCGGUCUCCAUCUUGGACCACUCCAGCGCAAUGCGGAAGGCCUCCUCGUAGUCGAGCUCGGAGCCAGAGUCACUGUCGCAGCUGGACAUUGUAGUGGAUGGGAUCAGAAUCGGAGAGGGAGAGGAGAGGACGGAGUGAGAGAGAGUGAGCUAGGGGUCGAAGCGAGGCGCCCGGAUUGGGGUUUUUUAUGGGACAUCUGUGGGUUCGGCGGUGGGCAGGGCCUGUCAGGCGGACGCGCGGCGUGCCCGGGCCGCUCCAUAUCCGCCCUAUGUUUGGGCCGGAUUUGAGAGGUGUCGGUCAGCCCGGACGUUUGUCCGCGGUUUGAGAUGUCCGGUUGGGUUGGUUUUUUUAACCAUCAGUGACCGAACGGCCUGCCCGGACGUUUGAGACGGGUAUGAGAGGCCCGAGUGUAGAUGCUGUCAGAGCACAUACGCCAGCUUGAUCUGAAUGUCUAACCGCCGCCCCUGACCUCCCUCCAAACCAUGCCACCAUCUUUGACACCGACAACGCCUCGCACCCUGAACCCAUCAACCUCCAUCUCGGGUCCGGAAUACAGGUUACAAAUAGCACAUCCAAAAAGUGAACAAAAAAAAAACUUCCCUAUUCCUAAAUCCCAAAUUCGAACUCAAAGACGUCCUCUAGUCACACCACACAUCACAGAACAUGCGAAAGCAAGUCUUAAUAGGACAAUUAUUUCGCUGCUUGUGGACCUGAACUUGGGUGCUCUAUUCAUAAUAACCAUGAUAAAGUUUGGAUGGAACUAAGCAGAUCUUGAAGAGUUGUAUGCGCCGCCAGGCCCCUCCACCACCCACCUCACCGUUGGCCUCUCCAAGCCCCCGGCGGCGCUGUCCCAUUUCCUCGUUGGCGUCGCGGCCGUCUGCCUUCUACAUGGACCCCCACCUCCGUCACGCCAGCAAUGAUGGAUGGGUCCUUUCCCCUCACUCCACCGUCAUGCAUGCGGCCGAGGGGAUGAAUAGCAUGUGCAUCGAUAUAUCUUGUUCGUCACCUUUUAGUGGCCUUGCACAGUCUCACUGCACCACAACCGGCUCCACCGUCGGCGUCGGGCCAGCUCCCCCUUUGCCGCGUACAGCUCGGACUCCAAAGUUCAACACACCAUGAUCAAAAGAUCUGCACGAAGCACUGAUAAAAAGUGCCCGAACAGGUGGCCGCGCACGACCGCACCAACACCGGCAGAUCCGGCAGCAUAGAGUAGAUCGAAAGGACCAAUCCACCGAGACCACAAUCAUAUCCAUCGAUCCAGCCACCACCAGGUGACCGGCCGCCGCGCACCCGAGCACUUCAACUCCAGCCGCUUGAUUACUCCACAAAUUGCGUGCGCCCUGCACUUACUGCAAUGGCCAUCUAAAAAUCCACACGUACGUACGCCCAGUGCACCCACCCAGCAAACCGGUGGAUCCUCACACAUGCAUAUAUGCACGCGUGCAGCUACGCCACAUGAAGAAGAUAAUGCUUCAAGGCUUAUCUAGCCAAUUGUCCACCGAGCAAGCAUAGGCAUAGUGCAACGAUCCACUUGGAAGGCAUUCCUUUUAAGGAAAUGGAAACAUGCCUUGCACUAGCUAGUUUUCAUCACAUUGCACGCUAAUUUUUUUAUGAAACUAGUGCACUCAUAUAUACAUUCGGUAAAGCAAAGAAAUUCGUUCAGUUCCAACCUGUUCAAAUCUGCAUCCAGGAAUAUUUUCCCACCAAAAAAGUAGAUGCUUUUCCUUGGCGCAUGUUACCUAGCUAGCUAGUUAAAGGGCACUGGCAACUUUUACAGAACCAUGCAUGUGUGCUCAACUGCUGAAAUAGAAUAAAAACCCAACUGUCCAUAUGGUUCUCCAUCUUAUUUCUUCACUGGAACUUUCAUCCUAUAGGCCCAUGUUACCUAGACGAAUGAAAGUAGCAAACUCGCUGCAUAUAUAGCCCAUUGCGUCCUAUAAUACCUGUAGGGUACAGGGCUCCAAGUGGUCAUAUAGCAGCCACGGACGUCGUUAGCCACACGUAAACCGAGAUGUGCAAGAUGAGUCCAGUGCAGCUGCCGGUCCUCCUCCUCCUCAUGAUACUGACCGCGCCGUCGGCUCACCGGGCGGCCGCGAGCCCCCCGGCGGACCCGGUGCAGUGCUCGUCGGGCGGCGGCACGGCCGACUGCACCUUCUCGACCGCGUACGGCGUGUUCCCGGACCGCUCCACGUGCCGGGCGGCCGCCGUGGCCUACCCUACCUCCGAGGCGGAGCUGGUGCGCGCGGUGGCCAACGCCACGGCCGCCAAGACCAAGAUGAAGGUGACCACCAGGUACGCCCACAGCAUGCCGCCCCUCGCGUGCCCCGGCGCCGGCGACGGCCGGGGCCUUGCCAUCAGCACCCGGUGGCUGAACCGCGUCGUGGCCGUGGACGCGGCCAGGGCGGAGAUCACGGUGGAGAGCGGCGUCACGCUGCGGGAGCUCAUCGCAGCGGCCGCUGGGGCGGGCCUGGCGCUGCCCUACGCGCCCUACUGGUGGGGGCUCACGGUGGGCGGCAUGCUCGGCACCGGCGCGCACGGUAGCUCGCUGUGGGGCAAGGGCAGCGCCGUCCACGAGUACGUCGUCGGGAUGCGCAUCGUCACGCCCGCGCCGGCCUCCGAGGGCUACGCCCGGGUGCGCGUGCUCGCGGCCGCCGACCCGGAGCUGGACGCCGCCAAGGUCUCCCUCGGCGUGCUGGGUGUCAUCUCUCAGGUGACUCUGGCGCUACAACCUCUGUUCAAGCGGUCGACGACGUUCACGGAGCGGGACGACGACGACCUCGCGGAGCAGGUGACCAAGUUCGGCUACCAGCACGAGUUCGCCGACAUAGCCUGGUACCCGGGCCACGGCCGCGCGGUGUACCGCAUGGACGACAGGCUGCCGAUGAACGCCUCCGGCGACGGCGUCCUCGACUUCAUCGGCUUCCGCCCCACUUCGGCCACGGUGAUCAAAGCCAACCGGCUGGUCGAGGAGGCGUCCGAGCGGGUUGGCAACGGCGGCAGCGGCGGCAAGUGCCUGACCGCGAGGGUGACCCACGCCGCGCUGUCGGUGGCCGGCUACGGGCUGGCGCGUCGGAGCGGCGGGCUGUUCACGGGGUACCCGGUGGUGGGGCGGCAGGACCAGAUGCAGGCGUCGGGCGGCUGCCUCACCGGGAAGGAGGACGCGCUCCAGACCGCCUGCGCCUGGGACCCGCGCGUGAGCGACUCGAGCUUCUUCCACCAGACCACCUUCAGCCUGCCGCUUAGCCGCGCGGGCGCGUUCGUCCAGGACGUGCAGCGGCUGCGCGACCUGAACCCGAAGGCCCUCUGCGGCCUCGAGCUCUACGACGGCAUCCUCAUCCGCUACGUCAAGUCCUCGACGGCGCACCUCGGGAAGCCGGCGGCGGCCGGGGAGUCGGCGGACAUGGUGGACUUCGACAUGACCUACUACCGCAGCCGCGACCCCAGGAGGGCGCGGCUCCACGAGGACUUCCUGGAGGAGAUCGAGCAGAUGGGGCUGGUCAAGUACAGCGGCCUGCCGCACUGGGGCAAAAACCGCAACCUCGCCUUCGCCGGCGCGGCGGGCAAGUACCCCGGGAUGCGCCGGUUCCUGCGCGUCAAGAGCGCCUACGACCCCGACGGCCUCUUCUCCAGCGGCUGGAGCGACAUGAUGCUCGGCGCCGGCGGCGCCACCGGGCCGACGACGGACGCGGCCGGGUGCGCGCUGGAAGGGAUGUGCGUGUGCUCGCGGGACGCGCACUGCGCGCCGGAGCAGGGCUACGUGUGCCGGCCCGGGAAGGUGUACAAGGAUGCCAGGGUCUGCACCAAAGUGUAGCCAUCGUCCAUCUGAAUUACAGAAAGAAUGGUAGAAUGGGCUAGACACAAACCACACAUUGGGUCGAAUUUGGAACCUCACCAACUGCUACGUAGAAUUUACACAAUCCCAGUUAGCAGUAACACAUACUCACAUAGCUGCUGUGCGGUCAGAUGCCUCGCUGUAGUACUAUUUAAUCUGAUUUAAUCUGGAGA